AGCAGCUGCCUACCUGUCGGUGCCUAUCGCCUCCAUUAUUCGUAGGUCCACGGUCACUCAUCCACCAAACGGACCAACGUCACCUCCCUGCCCCUGGAGGCACCACCAGGUUUAAACUACAUCACCUCUCCCACUACUGCACCUCUCUUCCCACUCGCACAUUUCGUUCGCACUGAGAUAUUACCAGCAAUCCAGACUCAUCUGCACUCUCCAUUUCCCAAAUCCCACUACACCAAUCUACAUUCCCCGUAGUGAUACCGACUUAUCAUUGUCAAGAUGUCGUUCCAGGACAAAGCGCAGCAUCAGAUCUCGCAGAUCGAUAAGGAACUCUCCAAGUAUCCCAUGCUCAACAAUUUCGAGAAGCAGACCAAUGUUCCCAAGGUCUACGCCUUCCUCGGCCUCAUCGGCCUCUACUUCUUCCUCGUCUUCUUUAACAUUGGAGGCGAGUUCCUCGUCAACUUCGCUGGCUUUAUCAUCCCAGGAUACUACUCGCUCGAAGCUUUGUUCAGCAGCAGUAAAGUUGAUGAUACGCAGUGGUUGACGUACUGGGUUGUGUACGCCUUCCUUACUGUCCUCGAAAGUCUGGUCAACGCCGUCUACUGGUUCCCCUUCUACUACGUCUUCAAAUUCAUCCUCAUCUUGUGGAUGGCCCUUCCCAUGACCAACGGCGCCCAGAUCGUCUUCAAAUCUUUCCUCCACCCCAUUUUCUCUCGAUUCUUCCAACAGCCAGCAGCCUCCACUUCUGCCGAUGUCCGAGGCAAGGCGGACGCCGCAUUGAAAAGCCAGUAAGCGGCUCAAGGAAUCUCACCGUAACUUUGUGCGAGAAUUAAGAGCGAUCGCUGCCGUCUGAUGCGACUCGAGCACAUAACGGCAAGGCUUUUGGCAUUAUGACAACGCUUGGAACACAUUCCAAAACGAGAUUUGAUGGAAGUGGGAGUCACGGGAAACGGAGGAGCUGUCUCGAAGUUGUAGCGGGAUGACCUACAAGUUGCUCAGGAAGGCUAAAUCAUAUCAUUAUGAACUUUCUCGAUAGACCUAUUGAUUUGUGUGUUGGUGGUGGCCAUGGCUCUCAAGAGAACAAGUUGAGGCUAGUUAUUGAUCGCAGGCAGGCAGGCGUCAAUUGAGGUUGAACCCAAUGAUAUACUCAAAAAAAAAAACCAGCAACUUUUGUUGGCUCUAUAAUUUGUAUCUCUAAGGAGAAUGCAUUUGUCCAGCUGAUGUACUCUGCACCUCCCUAGCCU